UAGACCACGCGACGUGUCAUUGUUCACACGUUGACUUCCAAAAUGGGUCUAAGGAACCUUGUGGUUUUCGCUGCAUUCUUAUUGUGUUUGGGGCUAUGCAGGGUGCACGGUCAAGCAGCCCGCGUUGAGUACCUCAACCCACCAAAUCCAUCAACAGUAACUACAACCAUUCAGGCAGUGCCUGGAUCCCCAUACUACGUCCAAGAGUCCAUCACUCCUAGCUACAACCCUGGCUACCCCACCUACGCGCCCACCAUUGCCCCCAGCUUCCCUGGCCCUAUGGCUCCCAUCAUCAUUGACGAUGACGAUGAUGACAACUGGCAUCACAUUCUCUAUUACCUCAUCUUCGCAAUGAGAAACAGGAGAGGCGGUUGUGGCUGCGGAGGUGCAUGCAACGGAGGAUGCAAUAGCGGUUAUAGCGGCGGAUGUGGUGGCAAUUGCAACGGCGGAUGUGGCGGAGGAUGCAACAAUGGUUAUGGUGGUAUCGGAUUCAAUAAUGGAUGCGGAUGCAGAAACAGUUGCGGUGGAAACUGUGGAGUAUACGAUAUUGGAUUCAAUGGGAAUAGUGGAUGCGGAUGUUCUUCUUCUUAUAUUCCAUACCCAAUUCCUUACCCCUUAGCCAGUCCCUUCCCAUACGGAUUCCCAAGCUUUGGAGGAUUCUCUGAGAACCCUUUCCCCAGCUCUGAUGAACCUUCCCCCAACCAACCAAGUCAGAAUCCCAACGAAAUUACCGUUCUGUUUAAGACUGAAUGUAAUUGUAAAUGAAUGCAAUGAACAACGGAUCAUAAAUAUUGUGAUUGGUAAAUAAAUUGGUAUUUAAAUA